AUGGCGGCGUCCUGUAGUGCUUCCCAACAGAUGCUAACCGAGAGCUCGGAGGGAGAUGCGGAGAAUGAGGGGAACAGGGACGACAAAGAUAACGGCCAGGAAUACAGCCCAGAAGGUUCAGCUGAAAACAAUGGCAGUGAUAAGCCUUGUUAUGAGGAGCAGAUUGAAGCCAAUGGCGAGGGCAGUAAAGUGCUGGAAAAUGCUCUGAAAGAGGCAAAACGUUUGGGAAGCCGUGAAGACCCGGUAAUCCAGGAUCCAUCAGAUGUGAGCGGACCUCUCCUGGAUGUGUUCAUUGCAGUCAUCGAGAGCCAUGUACCCAUCCGAAGUCAGCAGAUAGGAGAGCCAGAGUUCAGCCAUGAGCAGAAGAUGUCCAUACUGCUCGACUUGUACCAGUCCAAGCCAAUCAUCUUUCUGGAGCGAUUCCGAAAAGUUCUUAAAGAUGAACAUCUGCAGUGCUUCAGCCAAUUGUCCGGUGACUACACUGCCGACUUUUACUUCAAGGAGAUCCGCAAAGCUUCUCUGAAGAAAGUCAAUCACACACGAGUCCGCAACAAGAGAUACGCUGCCCUGCAACAGCUCAUUUCAGCUGGUGAGUAUUUCAGCGAUGAAGAGAUGCGGCUGCGAGACCCUCUGAUGUAUGAACACUAUGUGGGCCAAUACCAGAGUGAGGAGGAGAUCAUGUCGCAGAAUAGUCGGGAUUUGUCUCAGGCCACCAGUCUGUCUGAUGUAUUUCUUAACUCCUGCCAGGAGCAGAUCAUACAGAGGAAGCUGGAGGUGCAGCGUGAACUGGAGGAGAACUGCGAGGAGGAGGAAGAGGAGGAAGACAGUACAGAGGAGGAAGAAUCUGAACUGCAGUCCGAUGAUGAGCACACUGUGGACAGUGAAGAGAGGGCUCUGAUGCGGGAAGAAUUCAUCAGUCGCAUGUACCAGAGCUUUUUGGACGGAAAAGAUAAAAAUUUUGACUACAGUGAAGUCGAUGACAAUCCGGAUUUUGACAACUUGGACAUUGUCACACGAGAUGAAGAAGAACGGUAUUUUGAUGAUGACGAUGGUGGUAAUGAAGCUAUGGAAGGAAUUGAUGCAGAGGAAGAGCGAAGAGAGGGAGGACAGAAUAUGGAUAGCUGUGUGUGACUGAUUGACUUGCCUAGUAGUUGUUAGUCACAUGAACUGAACUUGUUCCGUAAUGU